CUUAUCAUCUUUCUUACCUUUCUUUCUAGUCUUUAUAAACCUUGAAUGCAAUAUAUGACUUGUAUACCUCCAAUAUACAAAAUGGUUGUCUCAAACACACAACAAAUUCAGGACAAUUUCCCACAAAACUAUGAUAAAAACAGUGAACUUAAAGCCUUUGAUGACACAAAAGCCGGUGUCAAGGGCCUCGUCGAUGCUGGAAUUACUGAAGUACCUCGAAUAUUCAUCCAUCCAGAGGGCUCGGGGAAGUCCCCGAGCCUCGAGGAAAAACAUUUUAUUUUUCCAUUGAUAGACCUUGAAAACAUGAACAAUGAUCCAGUCAAGCACAAAGAGAUAGUUCAAAAAAUUGGAGAUGCAUCAGAAACAUGGGGUUUCUUCCAAGUGAUCAAUCAUGGUAUUCCAGUGUCCGUCCUGGACGAAAUGUUGAGAGGAUCACGUCGUUUCUUCGAGCAAGAUAUUGAAGUUAAAAAGCAAUAUUACCAUAGAGAUUAUACACAGAGGGUGGUUUACAAUAGCAAUUUUGAUCUGUAUAGUCCUAAAGCUAUAGCAGUAAAUUGGAGCGACUCACUUUAUUCCACUAUGGGUCCUGCUCCUCUUGACCCUGAGGAAUUGCCUGAGGCAUGCAGGGAAAUAAUAAUGGAGUACUCACAUCAUGUUAUGAAAAUGGGAUGCACCUUGCUUGAGUUACUAUCAGAGUGUCUUGGUCUAAAACCAAGCCAUCUCAAAGAAAUGGGAUGUUCUGAGGGUCUUAGCAUUUUGUGCAAUUACUACCCAGCAUGUCCACAGCCAGAACUAGCUGUAGGCCUCAGCAAACAUACAGAUAAUGACUUCUUCACUGUCCUUUUGCAAGACGAUCUCGGCGGCCUCCAAGUUCUUCACCAGAAUCAGUGGGUUGAUGUUCCUCCCACACCUGGAGCUUUAGUAAUCAAUAUUGGCGACGUUCUCCAGCUCAUAUCAAAUGACAAGUACAAAAGUGUAGAGCAUAGAGCAUUGUCAAAGAAAGUUGGUCCAAGAAUAUCUAUAGCAAGCUUCUUCAGUUCAGGACCAUUGCCAUCUUCCAAACUAUAUGGACCAAUUGAGGAGCUGCUAUCAGAAGACAAUCCUCCAAAAUAUCGCGCAACUACAUUGAAGGACUUCUAUGAUUAUUUCAGCAAGAAAGGGCUUGAUGGAACUUCCAAUCUGUCUCAUCUCAGAAUCUAAACUCGGCUAUGGAGUUGAAAUCUUAGGGGUCCUUUGGUUCACAUUAUAGUUAUGCGGGGAUUGUAAUGCAAGAACGAUUUUUACGGUGGAUGAUAAAAAAAUGAUUGUCUUGCGCUGAAUAAUAAAGUGAAAUUGUUAUGCAGUGAAUAAUAAUAAAUAAAAGGGAAUAUUAUACCCGGAUUACUAAGGACAUAUAUCUUUAGAUA